AUGCGGUCAGCUAAGGAGAAAACUGUACUUUUAUGUGCUUUAGGUAACGAUUUAGAGGGACUUAAAGGUAUUUUGGAAAGCACGCUUACCAACGACGCUCCACAGUCGGAGAAUAUUUUGUGGGAAAAGGAUGAAGUGGGAAGAAACGCGCUGUUUGCUGCGUGCAUGAUGGGACGAAGCGGCAUAGUGCGCGAGCUCGUGCAGAAUGGUGCUGCUGACGUCAACGAACUCACCGCGCGCGGCUACUCACCAUUGCAUUGUUCUGCCAUGUGGGGUCAGCUGGACACCCUGGAAACCCUGGUUGAGCUCAACGCUGAUUUUCAAGCUAUUAAUUUCCGUGGAGAAAAAGCUGUUGAUGUGGCUCGACGCUACGAUAAACUGGACUGUGCAGAGUAUUUGGCAUGGGCUGAAGCCAAACAAAAUUUGCAAGCAUUUAUACAAGAAGUCAGAGCCAUUGUAGCCGAUCAAGAAAAAGUUCAGGGAAAGCUCAACAAGGAGGACAAGAACAUAUGCAUUAACACCUGUUCAGCAAAAUCAGACUGGAUAAACAACACCAAAACUGCCACAGCUCAGGACUUUAUUGAGCAGAAAAAGCUGCUUGAAGAUUUACUGGCACCUGUUCUGCUCAAGCUCAACACACAACCUGAAGCCUCAAUGAAGACCAGAAAGAAUUAGAAGUACAUUAUUCAGGCAUUUUGUAGUUGAAUGACAACAGAUAU